CUAGACGAUCUUUGUGUGGUGUGUUCAGCUGCUGUAAAUCAGACGCGUUUUCCUCCAAACGGCGGACGUGAGUGCAGAGGGGAAGUCCGAAGCCUGCUUCAGUUAAGUGGGCAGGAUAAACAUGGACAAACAAGAAAAUCCACCGCUGUAGAGUCGACCAGGUCGGCCCGGACCCGGAGGAGGACAGGCGGAGACGUUUCCACGGCUCGACGCCGGUCCCUCCCAGCUGGAAGAAAUGUGGCUGAAACCGGAGGAAGUUCUGCUGAAAAAUGCUCUGAAGCUUUGGGUGACGGAAAGGAGCAACGACUUCUUCCUUCUGCAGAGGAGGAGAGGCCACGGAGAGGCGACCAGCAGGAUCACAGGGCUUUUGGUGGGGGCCCUCGACACAGUGCUGGACUCCAAUGCCAGAAUCACUCCCUUUCGAAUCCUUCUGCAGGUUCCUGGCUCUCAGAUUAGCUGGGUCAUUGCUAGUGGGGCCGCUAUAGAAGAGGUGAACAAGCACUGGGAUUGGCUGGUCCAUAAUUUGCUGCACUCUCUGUCUGUGUUUGAGAACAAGGACGAUGCUGCCAGCUUUGUCAGAGGAAAAGUCAAGGGUCUCAUUGCAGAGGAAGUUCGGGGCCGCCAGGCUGCCCAAGAAGAUGAUCCCGAGAAGUUUAGAGAAGCACUCCGAAAGUUUGAGCUGCACUUUGGCCUCCCAUCAUCAGAGAAACUGGUGACGUACUACUCCUGCUGCUGCUGGAAGGCCCACGUGCCCCGCCAAGGAUUCCUCUACCUCAGCAUCAACCACAUGGCCUUCUAUUCCUUCCUGCUGGGGAAGGAAGUGAAGUUUGUCAUCCCGUGGGCCGAGGUCACGCGGUUGGAGCGGGUCUCCACCGGUAAACUGACUGAAGCUAUUCGGGUCAGCACUCGACAGAGGCAGAGGGAGUUCUCCAUGUUCCUAAGCCUGGACGAGUCUUUUGGGGUGAUAAGUCAGCUGGCUGACAUUGCCCUGAGGCGGCUGCUGGACAGCGAAGGUUUGGAGCUGGACCGCGUCCUGCAGCAGCCGGCACGCAUCACCAAGAGGAUCCUGGAGGAACAGGCUUUGAGGGAGUACGUCCUGGCUCUGUUUCGGCUCCCUCGCUCAGAGAAGCUCCACGAGCUGGCGUCCUGCUCUGUGUGGACGCCGCACGCCCGUUGCCACACAGCCGGGACUCUCUACACCACGGACAGUUAUCUGUGUUUCUCCAGCAAGGAGGAAGGCAGCUGCACUCUGCUCAUCCCCCUGUCAGAGGUUUUGUCCAUAGAAAAGGCAGAGAGCACCAGCCACCUUCCAAACCCGGUAAUCAUAAGUGUCCGGACGAAAAAGGCCUUCCAGCUGAUCGACCUGCAGGACAGGGACGAGCUGGUGGAGAGCAUGAACUCCCGACUCCGAGCCAUGCAGUGGAAAAAGUCCAUGUUUCGCAGAAAGAGCGAGAGCAAGAGGAAUCCGUGCUCUCCAACACCAUACUACACCUUCUAUUAUGACACUGGGUGUUCUGAUGAGGAGGAGAAAGAGGAGCAGGCUCUGCGUAACACAGUGAACAGUGAAGCUCUCAUGACGGCUUUCAACCAAACCCACCCAGGAACCAACGGGGACAAUAGCAUGGAGCUGGUGAAGCAGCAGCUCUGGGAGGAUCAUUUCACCGAGUUUGGCCGAGGAGUCCACAUGUUUCGAACAGAGAAGAUCCAGAGGCUGGUUGCCAUGGGGAUCCCAGACUCACUACGAGGGGAGCUGUGGAUGACUCUCUCUGAUGCAUUCUCUGAUCUGGAGUCUCACGAGGGCUACUACAACAGCCUGGUGCAGAAAUCAAUGGGCCACAACAACCUGGCUACAGAGGAGAUCGAGCGUGACCUGCACCGCUCCCUGCCGGACCAUCCGGCCUUCCAGAACCCCACCGGCAUCGCCGCUCUCAGGCGUGUCCUCACUGCCUACGCCCACCGCAACCCACGGAUUGGAUACUGCCAGUCUAUGAACAUCCUGGCAUCCGUGCUGCUGCUUUUUGCUAAAGAAGAGGAAGCUUUCUGGCUGCUGGUGGCCAUUUGUGAGAGGAUGCUGCCAGACUACUUCAACCGCAGGGUUAUUGGAGCUCAGGUGGAUCAGUCUGUGUUUGAGGAGCUGAUCCGAGAGCGUCUGCCAGAGCUGGCUGAACAAGUGCCAGACCUCUCCACCCUGUCUUCAGUCUCCCUGUCUUGGUUCCUCACCCUCUUCCUCAGCGUUCUACCCUUCCACAGCGCCGUCUGCGUGGUCGACUGCUUCUUCUAUCAGGGAAUCAAAGCCAUCUUUCAGUUGGGUUUAGCUGUGCUGGAGGCCAACGCCGUGCAGCUCUCGGCAUCCACUGAUGACGGACAGGCACUCAUGAUUCUUACCAGUUUCCUGGACCAGGUUGGAAGUGAAGAGUCGCCUUUUUCUCCUCCAACCUCCUCGCCUGCAGAGAACAGCUGCACCACAGAUCCUCCCCCUGCUGGACUAGUCAACAUCGCCGACCUCAUCAACGAGUCCUUUGUGAAAUUUGGAGACCUGACAGUCCGCCACAUUGAGCGUCUCCGGUGUCUACACAGAAUCCAAGUGUUGCAGGCUCAUGAGGACACCAUCAAAGAAAACGCACUGCGUCUGACAACAGCAGACGUCUACAUUUCGCCGGAGAAUCUGUCUGACCUCUACGACCUCUUUAAGACCGAGCAUUUCAUCAGCCUGUAUUGGGGCGACAGCAGCUCUGCAGCAGCGGCAGAAGCAGCGGCGUGGCAGUACUGUGACCCCGGACGCACUUUUGUGGAGCGGCAGUAUCGGCUGGACCGACCCCAGUUCAAAAGCCUGUACGGGCUGCUGGCUCCGUGGCCCGCCAGUUCUAACCAACACAACGACACGCUGGCCAACCGGACCUUCACCCUGCUCGACCAGGACCAGGAUAACCUGGUCACCUUCAAAGAUUUUGUCUGCUGGGUUGACAUUCUCUACUGUGAAGACCUGAAUGAGAAGAUAAGGCUGCUGUACCGCCUUCACAUUCCUCCAGCGCUGACGGAGAAUGAGGACGACCCCUCUGUGCUGAAGAGCCCCCUCCUGUCCACCAACAGACCCCUCUGCGUCAGUCUGCCCUCAGGAGGUAGUGCCAAUGAUUCAAAAGACUACCAUGAACAUCUGAAGCAGAUGCUGCAGGAUUUGGCCAAAGAGAAGGAGAAAGACGUGGAGAAGCCGCUGCCGCUGAUGAAUCAGAAAGAGUUCAUCCAAUUCUGUAAGACACUAUCCUACAUGUUCCACGUCGACCCGGAGGAGAAUGAACUCUUCCAGGCCAUCGCCAAGGUAACCAGCCUUGUGCUGCAGAUCGGUGAGGCAGGCCAUCGCGGAGAAGCCCAGAGGUCGGAGGUCACCAACCCAGAGGAUACAAAACCAGCAGGAUCUGGUGACAGGAGUUCGGAGGCUGAAGAUGACUGGACGGUUAGCUACGCUCAGAUCCUAGCGUCCCUGCUGACCGAGCAGGCGCUGGUGAGCUUCUUUGAGAACCCGGCCAAUCUGUCCGCCAAGAUCGCAGCCGCCAAAGAGAACCAGUACCAGCAGCGGGCCAGUUUGCUCAUGCUGCAGCAAAGGACCAGGUGACUCCAGUGUAAUAAACCAAAGUGAAAAAUAGUAACCUGUAAGUGACAUAACUGGACUCAUGUUCAGAUAUGAAAGCCAGAAAGCCUUAUUGCUGUCUGAGAUAUUAACCGAUUUUAAGUGUUCCUGCAGCUGAACCAGGACGCCAUGACCUGGAACUGACGACACACUGGAACUUUUUGAGCCAAACAUUUGGGUGAUCCAGCUCUCAGUGACAGUCCAUGUAAUGGAUGACUCUCUUAGACAGGAAGAAUGCCAAAUGAAAUAGAUCUAAAUCUAUAUUUCUGUGGUAGGAACUUUGAAAAGUGAAAGUUUUGCCUUCUGAAGUCAAACGAAGAUCUCUGCUGUAUCAUCACUUUUUAAUCAGCCUCACUAAAAUGUUUACACACUAUGAUUAUUUACAUAGUUAAAGGUUGUAAACCUUCGAUUUAUAAAACUUUCUCUCACAUGUGCUUUAAAAAAAGGCCUUAUUAGAAUGCUUUACAGACAAAAUGCAUUAAGGAAACAUUUUACAAAUGAUCAUUUUCUAUAUGUUGUAUUAUUUCUAUUUCUUUAACAUUAAAUGUUUUUAUAUGCAAAGUC